AUCCAACCAAACAUACUGUCUUCAAAGCAUUGAACGAUAAGACAAAAAAUAAUGAAUUAUCAGUUAAAGUUGAUGGAUUACCAAGGGGCUUUUAUAGAUUGUGUACAAUGAGCUCCACACAUUCUCAUCAACCAGUUAUCAUGCCGGUUGCUCAACGUGGUUCUCAAGAUGAUUGCAUUCGAUUUAAAGUCGUUAAAAAAUAA